CGGGCAGCCCGGUGCGGCUGCCCGGCAUCGCCGCCGGCGCCGCCGCGCGCGGGGGCCCGCCGCCCUCGGGCGCCUCGCGCUGUCGCCUGGCGGUGACCGUGCUUUCGAAGGUGGAGGGCGCCGAGCUGGCCAUCCACCUCACCGAGGGCGAGCUCGAGCAGGGCCCCCACUCGGCCGGCGCCGCCGUCUCGCUGCCGAGGGGCCGCCCCCAGCUGCUGGAGCUCCGCUCCGCAGGCGCCAUCGCGGGGGAGCUGCGCGUCAGCGGGGCCCCGCCCGUGCCGUUCGGCGUGCAGGUGAGGCUGGGCCGGCAGGAGCGCGUGAACUUCGUGCAGAAUGAGUGGCGGCAGCGCACGGUCGUCUCGCAGG